UAUAUGACCUCAGCAGCCAAUGAAUUAUAAAAUCUAUAAAUACGCCCAUCACGAAAAUUAAAGAGCGCAAAAACUCAGUUUAUAAAUGUUCGAUAUUCUAAGCAGUAAACGUUAUCAUUUUACUUUUUAUAAUAUUUCCGUAUUUUGUAUUGUUAUAUUUCUAUCCUAUGUAUAAAGAUAAAUCAUUUAUCUCUUAAGUGCAUCAUAUUUUGCAUAAAGUAAAUGGAGAAUUACCUAAGAGAAUGUGUAGAUAAAAAUAACACAUAAUUGACUACUUCUGAUUUCUACAAUGAUUGAACAAUUUAUUGUGGUGCUGUAUUUUCUAGCACUUAUUUUAUUUAUAGCUUGGUGUUGUCUGCAAUUAUUCUAUACUUCUAACGAUCCGUUAAUAUCACAUUCUGAUUUGAAUCAAAUUCAAAUAGAUAAUGGCAGACACUUAUCUAGCACCAACAGUGAAUUACAAAACUAUUCAGUGCCAUUAGAUAUUGUUCUAAAUGAUUCGGAGUAUGAAAAUAUGUUUAACGCGUUGCACGAUCAAUCUCAUCAGUCAUAUAAUGCUGCACAAACUUCUAGAAUAAACAUUUCCUCUCCAUCACAAGCCACUAUUUUACAGUUAAAUUCUAAUUUAAAUUAUGAGGAUACAAUAUCUGAUGUCUGCACCUCAUUUUCAAGAUUUCCACUCGAUGAUCCACCACCGCCUUCAUAUGACGAAUGCAUGGCGAGUUCGCGUCCAAAACCUCGUUAUAUUAAUUUAUAUCGAUGAUAUUGUAAGAAGUGGACAAGUUUUUUCGUACAACAUUAUCUGAAUUUGAUGUUGUAUGUAUUGAGAUUUUGUAAUUCACGCACAAACACAAAUAAUCAUUAUCUGUAAAAUAUAUUGUGAUUAAUUGUGAUACAAUACUAUAUGAUUCAUUUUUACAUUUAUCUAGCGGCACAUUACGCGAACGCUUUGUAAUACAUUGAUCGAGUUCGCCCAAAAACAUAUUUUAUUCUCUCAUAUUAGUGUCUGACGCAUCUAGAAAUGUUACUUCUAAUAAGUCUAAUUUUUCUUUUUAGUUAAAAUUAUAUAAUUAUCGCCAAUACUGAACCGUCUCAUUUUUCCGAUUAACUUGCUGAAUCUUAAUACAUAUGUAUGUUUUAUUUUUUCUUCUUUUUUCUUGGUCUUGAUCUUGAAAGAAACUGGCCGGUCUCCGUACUAUUAAGUAGGUACUUUUGUAGUGAGUAUUUCAUAAUUAAUAUUAUAAGAAUUUAUUAAAAUUUUGAUAUUUGUUGAGCCAGAACGCGGACAAUUGUUAUAAAUUAUAUUAUGUAAUUGAACGGAGAUAGAAUGUUUGCACCGAUUUAAUAAAUAAAUGUAAAAAGCGUCAUAUUGUUUAAUUCACUAACAAUAGCCUAUCAUACAUAUAUAUAUACACUCACACACCCACACGCAAUUUAUUAUCCGAAAUAUAAUAUUGUAUUGUAAAUUUUAAAAAUUGUAUUACUUGUUAUCGACAUUUUUCUUACUGAUUACGUUGGAGCAUUGUAACAUUAAUGUGGCCGCCCAAAUAUAUUUGUUCUCUUGUCAUACCAUCUAUUAUUAUAUCGUAAAAUAUUUCACCGUAAUAGCAAAGUUUUUUAUUAUAUAGAAAUUCGAGUUCUUAUAGUAAAAUUUUACUUUUAAUUAUUAUUGUAGGUACUCCGACAAUUUGUUUUUAUUAUUGUAUUAGUUCUGAUUGCUAGAUUGAAUGUAAUACAUAUUAAAUAUUAUACUUAUA